AUGGACAGCUCGGCGAAAGGAAACAAAAAGGAGGCGCAAGAUGGACACCCAAAAGAUGCGAAGCUGCCGAUGAGCGAGGCACUUCUGGACUAUCAACGUGAAAUAAAGGAGAAUGCAGUGGAGCGAUUCAUGUUUCAGAUCAGGAAGCUGAGGGACAAGAACCAAAGGUACCAAGACAGGAACAGACGCCUGAAAGAAGAGCAGACGUGGCACAUCAAGAACCUCCUGAAAGAACUGAGCGAGGAGAAGUCGGAGGGAGUGCCGCCCGUGACGAGGGAGGACGUGGAAGAGGCCAUGAAGGAAAAGUGGAAGUUUGAAAGAGACCAGGAGCAAAACCUGAAAGAGAUGCGCAUACAAAUAAAUGAUGCAGAGAAACUGUUUCUUGAGAAGCUUGGUGAGAAGGAGUAUUGGGAGGAGUACAAGAACGUAGGAAGCGCACAGCACGCUCAGCUCAUCGCUUCCUUACAGAACGACAUCAACACGGUCAAAGAAAACGCCGAGAAAAUGUCAGAACAGUAUAAAAUCACUCUAGAAGAUGCCAGAAAGCGAAUAAUCGCAGAAACUCUGAUACAGCUGGACCAGAGGAAGGAAUGGGCCACACAGAAUGCUGUGAGGUUCAUUGACAAGAGCAACUAUCUAGAGAUCUGGGAGAAUGACUGGCUAAAAAAGGAAAUUUCGAUUCACAGGAAGGAAGUCGAAAAACUGGAACGCUGUAUUCAUCAACUAGAAGAGGAAAAUCUGGUGCUUAUCGACCAGCUCUUUAACUGUAGACUUGUGGACCUCAAAAUACCCAGGAAACUGUAUCUCACUCAAGCCGCUGGGCAGCAAGUGCCACUUGAAGAUGCGUCUUUGAUGUUGCCAGAGACAGACAACGAGGAGAAUUUGAAAUCGCCCGCUGAAACAGAGAGUGGAGAAGCGCUGAGCCUCUUGCUGGGGAGUCACAAGGCUAGCAGUCCGGUCGUCCAGGUCAGGAACACAGAGCGAGAGGGCGGCUCCUCCGCCGAGACGGAAGACUCCGUCACCCACUAUUUACUGCACGAGGACGAGCAGGACUUCAAGGAGUUUGUGAACUUGGGCCCCGUGGCUUUGAAGCUCCUGAGUGUAGAGGGCAAGAGGAUGCCCAUCCACUUCCAAGAGAAGGAGAGUCCGCUCAAGUCGUACGAUGACAUCCAGAGUCCCGAGAGCCACAUCACGCACAAGAUGGUGAAGACGUUGCUCUAG